AUGCAGCGCUUGAACACCUACCAGGACAUGCUGAAUCUGCGCAACCCGGAUGCCUUCGACAUGUACACCUUCAACGACCACGCCGGCUACGGCGCCAUCGAGGUGGCCCAGAACAUGCUGCUCGACUUCAAGGAGGCUGCCGGCAACUGGAAGGAGCAGUGGGCCAUCUGCGAGGCGCUCGCCCUGCUGUUCAACACCGACUCGCUCGACCCCAUGGUUGGAAUUGACGACGGCGACCUCUUCGGGGAGACCAUGAUCAUCCUCGAGCUGAUGUUCCUGAGCAUGCUGGCCGAGCUCGAGAAACAGGGUCAGUUGGCCCACGUGCGCAACCUCGGCUGGGUCAUGGGGAUGGUCACGCGGGAAGCCGACGCCAUGCGCUCCGACGGGUUCAUCGAGGCGCCAGAGGGGAUGAAGAAGAAGAAGAAGAAGAAGGCCUACGCCGGGGAGCACUUCGUGCCGUAUCUGCUCGCUUACGGCGUCAAGCACAACAUCACCAUGUACGGGCCGUCGAACAUCGCCGACAUCAUCGCUGAGGCUGAGGAGGAGGCCGAGGAGCAGAACGUGGAACUCCCCGCAGCCGCUCAGAAUCCCUGGGGCUGGGCAACGGGCUUCAAGGCCUACGAGCGCAAGAACAAGGUCACCGCCUAUGGGGCGGGCAGCCGGAGCAAGGCGGCGAUCGGUGGCGACUCCCUCGAUAUCACCACCUACUCGCCCGCCGAGCGCAAGGCGCAGAGCUUCAACAAGAAGGAUCCCUUGACCAAGGAUAUGAUCAAGGCGCUCAAGGACGGCAUGUGUCUGAGCAUUGGCUGA